AUUGAGUUUGCUGUGAAAAAAUUCUCUGUGAUAUUAAAGAAUCUUCAAAAGGCAGACAGUGGAGUUUAUACUGCACUAGUGUUAACGAAUCGAGGAGACCAACCACUAGCUGAACACAAGGUCACAGUUGAAGAUCCAGUGUCUCCAGUUAAUCUGACAGUGGUCCCAGUGGACCCAGUGGACCCACUGGUCUCCAGAAGCUCCUGUAAUCUCAUUGUGACCUGCAGUACACAGGACUCCAACAUCAGCAGCACUAUUAGAUGUGUCAACCAAACCUGCAGUCAGGAGGGAGGAGAGCAAUCAGAGGUCACAACCUCUGGUGCUUCUCUCCGGGUCCACCUGUUGAAUAGCUCAAUCAUCUGUAACCAUAGCAACCAUGUUAGCUGGACCAAAGAGAUUAAAAUGAUUGAAGAUUUUUGCCCCAAAUAUGCUGAUCCUCCCCCUCCCCCUCCCUCUUCCAAUCACAUUGUGAUUGUUAUUUGCGUCAUAUUUCUUAUUCUCAUCAUAAUGGUUGUUCCGUUAGGCCUGUUUCUUCAUCAUCGACAGAGAGGAACCUAUAAAAGAGAGACCAUCGAGAAUACUGUUUAUGGAGUUCCUCAGGUCGCACCUACAGCCCAACCUCGGGAUCAGAAUCCGACAGAUGAUGCUUCAGGUCUUUCUCCAACCUCCACCUACAGCUUGGUAGGACCUCACACUGGACCUCUGGAACCCACUGAGACUAGAGACACGACUCAACCAGAGAGCGUGUAUGCUCAGGUGACGAAGCCAUCCAGGUCCUAAACAAUUAAUGAAGUAUUCAACAAUUCCUGAAGUUUCAAGUUCUAUUUAAAGCUAGGGUGGGUAUUAAUUAAUUAAUUUCUUUACUGUAAUAUUUGGCAAAACUGUCCUAAUAGCCAGUCAGCUAUAUGUAGGUGAAGUGCUCUGAGAAUAUCUGCUCAUAACUUUGCUCUCCCCUGCCUCUGUGGGCCGCACCCAAAAAUUGCCACCGCUCAUGUACACUUUGACCAAUCAGAGCGAGGCUCCGAUUCUCCGUUCUUAUUGGCUGUGGGACUGUCCGGUCACCUUGGCAACGACGUUGGUGCGUCCCUGCGUGUUUCGUCUUCCUAUCAAUGUAACUGAAUUCACAUGAACGCGCAUAACUGACGUUCGGUGGGAGGAGCUACAGCAGGUAGCGUGGCAGGGAGAGGCCAGAGAGCACGCGACGGAAUCUCAACGGCUGUUUUCGCCCACCCUAGCUUUAAGUGUUGCCAAAGAUAUCAAUGUUUAAGUUUAUGGGACCUGCUUAUGUGAAGAAAUAAUUUGUAUGUAUGUACAAAGUGAGAACAGUGAUAAUUGGAUACAAUCAAUGGAUAAUAAAU